AUGGCCAGCCCAUUAUACAUCGGCUUCGACCUCUCCACCCAACAACUCAAAGGCCUCGUCGUCUCCUCGGAACUCAAAGUCGAAUACGAAGCCAAAUUCGACUUUGACGCCCACUCGCACGGCUUCGGCAUCAAAAAGGGCGUCUUGACCAACGAAGCCGAACAUGAAGUCUUCGCGCCGGUGGCCCUGUGGUUGCAAGCUCUAGAUUGGGUGCUGAAUACACUCAAGCAACAAGGACUGGACUUUAGUCGGGUAAAGGGGAUCAGUGCUGCGGGUCAGCAGCAUGGGAGUGUUUAUUGGAGUGCUGAUGCGGAGAGAUUGUUGCAGACGUUGGAUGAAAAUAAGAGCUUGGAGCAGCAAUUGGAAAAGGCUUUCUCGCAUCCGUACAGCCCGAAUUGGCAGGAUGCGAGUACGCAGAGAGAGUGCGAUGAGUUUGAUAAGUAUUUAGGUGGGCCGCAGGAGUUAGCGGAGGUUACGGGGAGUAAGGCACAUCAUCGAUUCACAGGCCCUCAAAUCUUGCGCUUCCACCGCAAAUACCCGGAGCAGUAUAAGAAAACGUCCAGGAUCUCACUGGUAUCCUCAUUCAUAGCUUCACUAUUCUUGGGCAGCAUCGCCCCUUUCGAUAUUUCAGACGUCUGCGGAAUGAACCUAUGGAACAUUAAAGCCGGGUCAUGGGAUAACCGUCUCCUCAAAUUAUGUGCAGGCGAAUUCGGGGUCGACGAUUUGAAGCAAAAACUCGGAGACGUGCCUGAAGAUGGCGGUCUUCAUCUAGGCAAAAUAAACAAGUACUUUGUCGAGCGUUACUCGUUCAACCCAGACUGCACGAUAAUACCGUCAACGGGCGAUAACCCUUCGACCAUCCUGGCACUACCGUUGAAGCCGUCCGAUGCGAUGGUCUCAUUAGGAACAUCGACUACGUUCUUGAUGUCUACGCCCAUGUACAAMCCCGAUCCUGCCACUCAUUUCUUCAAUCACCCUACAACAUCGGGAUUAUACAUGUUUAUGUUGUGCUAUAAAAAUGGCGGUCUGGCGCGAGAACAUGUCCGCGACGCAAUCGACAAACAAGUCGGCGGAGCUGCAGACAACAAUCCAUGGGCAAACUUCGACAAGGCUUUGUUGGAAGCCCCUGCCAUGGGUCAAAAGGCCGACUCUGACCCCAUGAAGAUGGGCCUCUUCUUCCCCCGACCAGAGAUUGUACCCAAUUUGCGAUCUGGGCAAUGGAGGUUCAACUACAACCCACGAGACCAGAGCCUCGAAGAAACAACAUCUGGCUGGGAUGUGCCUCUCGACGAGGCCCGCGCUAUCGUAGAAAGCCAGUUCCUAUCUCUGCGGCUUCGCUCACGGGGCCUCACCACUGCGCCCGCCGAGGGUCUCCCACCCCAGCCCAAACGUGUCUACCUUGUCGGCGGCGGAUCGCGAAACAAAGCCAUCGCCAAAAUCGCGGGCGAGAUCCUGGGUGGCCACGACGGUGUGUACAAGCUCGAUGUCGGCGAGAAUGCUUGCGCUCUUGGUGCAGCUUACAAAGCCGUCUGGGGUAUUGAGCGAAAGCCGGGACAGACGUUUGAGGACCUGAUUGGUAAACGGUGGCGGGAGGAAGAGUUCGUUGAGAAGAUUGCGGAUGGGUAUCGGCCGGAGGUGUUUAAGAAGUAUGGUGAUGCGGUUGAGGGCUUUGAUCGGAUGGAGCAGCAGGUUUUGCAGCAGGAGGGUCGUAAAUGA